AUGUAAAUAAAAUAGUUUGGGUGUGGGUGGUUGUAAAAAAAAAUCGCCGCAUAUUUGUUCCUUCACUUAUAAAUGCCGAUGUACUUUAAGCAGUGCUCUAAUCAAUAAUCAAUUAAACAGAAUAAGCAGCAAUUUUUUAACAGAAAUGACAACAGAUGAGAGCAUUAUGGAAGAAAUGCUGGAUCGGGCCACGAAUCCGGCAAAGGACACGGUCGACGAAUUGGGGGUGCAAAUGUUUUGCAUUGUAGUGCGCAGUAAUGCGCAACUAGUGCAAAAGGCCCAAGAGAUGAUUGUGAGCAAAGUGCGUUCCAGCAACAUAACGGAAGCAACGCGAGCAAUUGCGUUGCUGGAAGAAUGCAUGACUCAAUGCGGGCCCGAGUUUCAGGAUGAAGCGGCCAAGUUUCGGUUUCUCAAUGAGCUUAUACGGCUUGUGUCAAAGAAAUACCAAGGCCCGGAGACACCGCAUGGGGUGAAGCAGCGGAUUAUGGAGUGCUUGCUGCUGUGGACCACAGAAUUUCCACAGCGCCAGAAAAUCCGUGAUGCCUACGACAUGCUGCGCAAGGAGGGCGAAGACAUCGAGCAUGGCCAGAGUGCAGCGGCAGUGGGGAAAAGGGAGAGCGUGCUCGGCACUAUGGAUGAGGCGAUGUUUGCGAAACUAAUCAAGAGCAAUGAUCCGGAAAACUUUAAGCGCGCCAAUCUAUUGCUGCAGUAUCGAAUGGCGCAGGAGGCUCGACGCAACGAUCUGUUGGCGCAGCAUCGCUCUGUCCUACAGGAAGUGCAAAACACCAUGCAGCUGUUGAACCAAAUGCUAGACAGUUACGAUCCGAGCGAUAGCGAUGUCCAUGAGACCAUAAACGAACUGUACAGAAGCUGUAAAAAGCAUAGACCUAUCUUCCAGCAUCUGCCGAAGCUGCUGGGCGAUGCGGAUGAGAAGCUAUUGGCCGAUACGUUGGAGGCGAAUACGGCACUGAAUGAGCUCAUUGCCCGUUAUAAGGAGGUGGUCCCAUCACCUAAAAAACAACCAACAACAGCAGCUUCAGCUGCAUCAUCAACUUUGACAAAUCCUAACAAAUCUGCGUCAGAGACAGCGGCCAACAACAAUACCUUGCUGCUCAACGAGCUGCUCGGAGAUCUGCUGCUUAAUAAUACCAAUGGCGAAACAGCCAAGACGACUUCCACGCCCAGCACAGAAAUGGCCGGCCCAUCGUCAACAUCAACAGCGACUGAAACAAACGAGCGUGCCGAUGCUUUGGCCGAUUUAAGUGAUAUAUUCAGCAGCGCUCUCGCCGAAAGUGAGUCCAAGCUGAAGCAGGAACCCUUCCAGCAUAGUGAGCUGCUGGAGCCGCAAGUUCUGAGUAGCAUCGGCGCCGGAGAUUCUCUUUCCAAUGGCAUUGCCAAUGAUGGCCAAAAUAAGCCGGGAGUGGCGCGUAAAAUGCCUCAAAUCGAUAAGCUAAGUGAUGAGCUAUUCCAGCAGAUAUUACCGGAGGCAAAGGAGCGCAUAAGCACCUUUAAAAAAGAGGCAGACAAAAUAACGCUAAACGAUUUGGCUCGGGAACGCAUGCAUGUGAAGCCGGCGGAUCAGCCAACACUACCUAUUGCUGACAGUGGCGAUCACAGCAUCUUCAAAACAUUGGACGAUGCGCCGCUGCUAUGUGCCAAGCCCGAUGAAAAGACUAGCACUUCCAACAAUAAACAAGAAACAGUAGAACCGCCAGCAGUCGAACACAGCAACACACCAGCCCCUUCCAUGACUAUCAAGCAUCUCAGCGAGAUAGACAUUGAUUUGGACAGCAUUGUUCCCACGUCUGAAUCGCGCAUUGUCCUGGACGAUGAUGACAUGCAAUUGAGUCUGAACUUUACCGAAGAUAGGCCGAGCAAAAAUGUGACUGUUAUAGUGAUAUCGGCGCAGAAUAAGAGUCGCCAGCCAGUCAAGGAUUUUCAGUUCGAGGCCAGCGUCAAAAAGCCCUGCAAGGUGCGUCUUUUGCCGCCCACGGAUAAUGGGAUGCCAGCUCACAAGCCUUUUCGUCCUGCGACGCCUGUGAAUCAAGUGAUGUUACUUUUGAAUCCAACGGGCGCGCCCGUCGACGUCACCUGCAUUGUGGGCUACAGGCUGGGCGAUGAUCCGGAUCCGAUAAAAGAGUCAAUUGUGGCGAAGGACUUGCCGUUCGUGCAAUAGAAGGUCGCAAGUUAUAUUUUUCCCGGCCUCCUGCUUAGCUAGUAUUUAUGAAAUUUCACCGGGGAUCCAAAUGGUUUCAUUUUUUAUUAUUGUUUCUCUUUCAUUUGUUCAGUUGCGUUCUUCUGUCUCCGUCCUUGUCUGCUUCGCGUAAUGAUUUCUAUCUCUGUCGCACGCCUAGAAACCAAAUUCGUACUAAAAGUUGUCUAUUAAGUGUUUAAAGCCUAGUUUUAUCAUUGAUUUCUGCGGAUCUCUAUAUUCCCAAUACUGAUCCACAAUAUCAUCACAUAAAUUAUAUGCAUUGUAUGUUUAUUGUACGCCUCUAAGGUUUUUCAUUCAAUUGCAUUUGAAAUAUGUAUACUAUAUGUAUAUUAGUAAUAAAAAAUUUACAAAU